UGAAGAUUAAUAUUAUUGUUACUAAGUUUUGUACAAACCAGACUUAAAACUGUCUCCCUUCCUCUGCUUGUGUUAAUUAAUACUAUCAUAUUAUAUUUUACAGAAGGAUCUCAUCAAGACCACUAGAUUGCUUAAAAAGACUACAAAAAUGCUGUUUAUGAUAAACUGCACUGUUCGAGAUCAGCUCCUCUCCUUCUAUGUGAAAAAUGUCUUCAGUCGUCUUGAGGUAGGAAGUGACAAGUUGUACUUUAUUAGUGCCUUCCAGGUCCUGCAAGCAAACAUGGAUGCCUGUCUUCCGUGUGCUCCAUCCACAAGGUUAACUUCUGCAGUCAAAAAGUUAAAGAGAGUCUUUCUUAAGCUUGGAGAUCAGGGAAUCUACAAGGCCAUCCAUGAACUGGACAUUCUCCUUCCCUGGAUUCAGGCCUACAUACAAACCAUCAUAUGAAGAAGGAGGACGUGACAGACAGUGUGCUGCUUCUGUGAGAAGACCAGAUCAAUACCCAAAAGGCCUGAAAAUGAACUGAGAGCCGGAUGAUCAAUGUGUCUGGCAGUAACUCCCUCCCAUGGAAAGAGACCCUCUGUAACACAAGUGGCACGAAGAGGGCUUUUCAUAAGCUUUCCUGGUUAACCUGGCACAGCAGCUUUGCCUGUUCUGCCUGUGGAGAAGCUAGAGCAUGCUGCUGUGCUUUCACCCUGCCUGCCCGCCCGCUGCCUCGUGGGCAGCCCCCAAAGGUGCCGCACCAGCAGAACGUGGGAUCUGCUACCCUGAGCAUCAGACACAAUGUCCCAUGUGCUGUGGGCAUGAUCUUGCCGUGGCUUGUGCCACUCUGUGUGAAUACAGCUCAAAGCAACGAGGAUCACUUUGGAAAAUCCCACCCCUAAGCUAUAUUUCCUUUGGGGCUUGUGGUUCUAGAUAUAUAACAGUAGACACAAGCCAUUCUAUGUGUAAAUAAGAAAAAUAAUUAUA